AUGAACCCCUUUCACGAUAAGAUCAGCCCUGGCGACAGGGGGUCGAUCACGACCAACAACAUCGAGUUGACGGAGUCGCCCUCUCCGUCCUACAUAACAGAGACGAGGGGCGGACGAGAACGAGAUCUUGCGCCAGGCGAAACCAGUCGCGUCCGAGACGAGUCAACGAACCCUCUCAUGAAGUCAAUCAGCACCACGUCUGUCACCAAUGUGCCAGAGGAGGAAAAGGACCUGCCUCUGGGCCAGGCCAUUCGCCAGUACCCCAAGGUCGUAGCGUACUGCCUGUCCCUGACAAUCGUCGUCAUCGGAUGGGGUUACGCGUUGGUGAUUGUCGGCUCCAUCGUCGCCGUCGAGCCCUUCCAGCACGAUUAUGGAGAACUUUACAAGGACAAAUGGAUCAUUCCAUCACUCUGGGUGUCGCUAUGGUCGGCCGCGAUUCCCCUCGGCAUGGCCAUCGGCUCCGUCUUUGCAGGAUGGUAUCAGGAUCGCAUCGGGCGCAUUUGGAGCUUACGGACAGGUGCUAUCAUUUGCGCUGUUGGCGUCGCAGGCAUUUUCUUCUCUUACCUCCCCGCGGAUAUCGAGACCAUGCGCGCCCUCUUCUUCGCCGGCAAGACGGUUCAAGGAAUUGCCAUUGGAAUACUCAAAGUCACCGCAAUGACGUACAUCUCCGAGACAGCGCCGACGUCUCUGCGCGCCUCGGUCAUGGGCUUGGUGCCGACGGGAAAUCUCUUGGGUCAACUGCUGGGAUCGAUUGUCGUCUUCCUCGUCAACAAAGCACCUAACAGGACCGGAUACCUCGUCGCCUUUGGGUCCCAAUGGCUUCUCGCAGUUGUUCCUUUUAUCCUCUCGGUCAUCAUCCCCGAAAGUCCCGCAUAUCUCGAAGAACGCGGGCAGUCCGAUAGAGCUCUCGAGUCCUCACGCAAACUCUACGCACCUAGAGUGGAUGCAUUGAAGGUCCUAGAGAAGGUUCGGGCUAGCAUUGCGGAAGAGAAGGAGGCUACAUCGGGAGCGACGUACUUGACCUGCUUCCAGGGCGUCAAUACUCGACGAACAAUGAUUGUCAUCAUGGCCAACUUGCUCCCAGCGAUGUUUGGCCUCGACCUGAUUGCCAAGUCAAGCUACUUCUUGCAGACCAUCGGCAUGAAGUCGAGCACCAGUCUCAUGAUCCUGAUCGGUGGCAUCGUUGCUGGCACAUUCGCAAAUGGCGUUGGCCUGUGGGUUCUAUCGAGAGUUGGACGUAGAAAGGUCACACUGAUCUCCAUGUCAAUCUCCACUGUUCUCUGGAUUGCUGUAGGUAUCUCUGGCAUAUGGAGAGGACCUGCAGUCGCGUAUUUCACCGCCGGAGGGUGCAUCGCCAUCAUCAUUGUUUGUGGUAUGGGCGCGUGGCCUGCCGGCUACGCGAUCAUGGGCGAAACGAGCUCGUUGAGGUUGAGAGCAAAGACACAGGGUAUCGGCGGCGUUGCUCAGCAAGGGUCGUCUGUGUUAAUCAACUUCCUUCUUCCUCUCGCCUACAAUCCGGACGCCGGAAACUGGGGAGGAAAGACGGGCUUUAUUUACGUCGGAUUGUGUGCUUUAGGAGUCUUGCUUUCUUGGUUCUUCUUGCCAGAGAUGAAGGGACGAAGCGUGAUGGAGAUUGACCAUAUGUUUAAUAUCAAGCUGCCCGCGCGGCAGUUCAAGAAGUGGAGAGGUGAUGUCGAGUCAAAGUAG